UGAGCUAGGUUGUAUCAACAUGGCGAGAAUGGCGAUUUCUAUCCCCUUUAUGGGGCUCAUAUUCUGGUGCUCUUUUGCAAUUUUAAUUUCCUUGGUGCGUCAUGUGACCUAUAUGAAGUACAAGGACCCAAAACUGCCCGUCGAGGUCCGAGUCAUGGACUUGCUCCAGAGGAUGACCUUAGAAGAGAAGAUUGGCCAAAUGACCCAGAUUGAACGGGUUAAUGCCACCCAGAAAGUAAUGAAAAAAUACUUCAUCGGGAGCGUAGUAAGCGGAGGAGGGAGUGCCCCUGCGAAGCAUGCUUCUCCGAACCAAUGGGUACAGAUGACGAACAAAAUUCAGAGAGCAUCUCUCGCCACGCGUCUCGGGAUUCCUAUGAUUUACGGCAUCGACGCCCUUCAUGGCCACAACAACGUCUACAAGGCCACCAUUUUCCCUCACAAUGUGGCCCUCGGAGUCACCAGGGAUCCCAACCUUGUGAAGCGGAUUGGUGCCGCGACUGCACUGGAAGUUCGCGCUACAGGCAUUCCUUAUACUUUCGCUCCGUGCAUUGCGGUAUGUAGGGAUCCAAGGUGGGGAAGGUGCUACGAGAGCUAUAGUGAAGACAAUAAGAUAGUUCAAAUGAUGACCGAAAUCAUCCCCGGCUUGCAAGGCGAUGUUCCCCCCAAUUUGAAGGGCACUCCCUAUGUUGCUGGAAAGGCCAAGGUCGCGGCCUGUGCACGGCAGUUUGUCGGGGAUGGAGGAACGGUGAAGGGUAUCAAUGAGAACGACACAAUCGUCAGCUCGACCGAGCUCUACAAUAUCCACAUGCCCGCCUACAAGGACUCAAUAGCAAAGGGGGUCGCCACCGUCAUGGCUUCCUACUCGAGCCUGAAUGGGGUCAAGAUGACUGCUAACUACGAAAUGCUCACCGGCUACCUCAAGAAUAAGCUUGGAUUCAAGGGUUUUGUUAUCGCUGAUUGGUUAGCGCUUGACAAGAUUACUGAUCCUCCUCAUUCGAAUUACACUUACUCCGUUCAAGCUUCGAUCCUUGCCGGUAUUGACAUGGUCAUGGUUCCAUAUAACUAUACGGAGUUCAUCGACAUAUUGACAGAUCUAGUCAACAAGAAGGUCAUCCCCAUGAGCCGAAUCGACAAUGCAGUCAGGAGGAUUCUACGGGUCAAGUUCAGCAUGGGCCUCUUCGAAGACCCAAUAGCUGAUAAAAGCUUGGUCAAGAAGCUCGGUUGUAAGGAGCAUCGAGAAUUGGCCAGGGAGGCUGUGAGGAAAUCGCUGGUGCUGCUUAAGAACGGGAAGUCGGCCACCGAGCCGCUGCUUCCCCUCCCCAAGAAGGCGCAGAAGAUUCUGGUGGCAGGGACUCAUGCAGACGAUUUGGGCAACCAGUGCGGCGGUUGGACCAUAGAGUGGCAGGGCCGUAGCGGCAACAACCUAACUACCGGAACUACCAUCCUCAAGGCGAUCAAGAAAACCGUUGAUCGCUCCACAAAGGUUGUCUUCAAGGAGAAUCCUGACUCUGACUACGUCAAGUCCCACGACUUCUCCUAUGCCAUAGUGGUCGUAGGUGAGCCUCCCUAUGCCGAGAGCAUGGGGGAUAACCAGAACCUGACCCUACCCAAGCCCGGGCCCGAGGUGAUCAAGAACGUCUGCAGGUCCAUCAAGUGCGUUGUGGUGAUUGUCUCUGGGCGACCACUGGUGAUCGAGAAGUACGUUCCCAAGGUAGACGCCCUCGUGGCUGCGUGGCUUCCGGGAAGCGAAGGCCAGGGUGUGGCAGAUGUCUUGUUCGGCGACUAUGGCUUCACCGGCAAGCUUGCCAGGACCUGGUUCAAGAGGGUCGAUCAGCUACCGAUGAAUGUAGGGGACCCCCACUACGACCCGCUCUUCCCAUUCGGCAUCGGGCUUGAGACCAAGCCAGUGUCCAAUCACUGAGGGAGACAGGUUCUUUUUUCUUUUUUUAUUGUAAUGUGGGUACUAUAUAUGUCCAAUACAGGAUCCAGCAUGAGCAUAUGUUGCAGUACUUAGCUAAUUAAUUUUUUUAAGAAUUUUCUCAUUAAGGAUGAUUUAUGGAAGAUCUGCAUUCUGUGGGUCGGGCCUAAGAACAGCCCAAAUCCAAACCCAACCCAAUGAAAAUUUUCUAUGGA